CGUCCUUUGACUCCAAACAGGGUUAAAAUCAGUAGUUAAAAUCUAAUAAAACUCUUCAUCUAUUAGUUUCAAUUGUACUUAAUCAUUCUUUCUGCUGCCCUUAAGUUUAAUUCACAAUAUGUCACUUAAUGAUAAUUCCAUGGAAGACUCCCAGAAGUUCACUAGUGCUGCUCUGGAGUUGGUGCUGGAAAAGGAAUCUGAUCAACCAUCUCUUGCAACGAAAGUUGGGGUUCUCAUGAGCACCAAUCUUGAAGUUGCGACGGCCAUCCUGAGUGCGUUGUCAGCAGUGCAAGUGAGCCGCCUCCUGAGCAUAUGCCGCUUAUGGCAUUCUGUUGGCCUCAAAGAACUUCAGCGACGAAAAAACAUGCAAUUCAUAUUUAUGAGUUCUAAUUCCCCUUUGCAGCAGGCAAGUGACACCUCACAGGAAGAAAGGCUUUGCUCAUGGGCACAACAGUGGCGAUCAGUACCCAGAUUCUGUCUGGUGCUUAACUACAUGAGCAAUAAUCGUGCUGAAAGAAUGCUGGAAGAUAGCAAACUUCUGCCGCCAACAUGCCCUAUUGUUGAAGUGCAAUGCGAAGGAGGCAUAUUUUAUUCUGAUGAAGUGUUACCUCAUAAUCGAACUGUAGAUCAUAACCUGUCGUUUUGUGGCUCUCUCAAGUGCCCAAACAUGUCCCUUCCCUCAGAACCUAUUUUCCUUCCUAAAACGGCAAUCAAAGCUCAAAGAUCUGAAAGUAUUAACCAGUCUUUGGACCAAACACCUGCUGCCCUGGACAUAUCAGUGCCACAGUCUUCAAAUUCAGAAAUCAACUCAGACACAAGUUUUGUUCAAUCCUUGCAGCAAGAGAUGUUGAGAGCUCAGCAGGAGAAGGCCAGCUUAAAUUGUGUUCUCUGCCGUAACGUUCUGAGGUGGAAUGUUGGUCCGAGCUAUGUAGAUUUCAUGCACGAGAUGAAGGGAUUCGAAAUCAUCUGUGUCCCAAACAUUCCUGGAGUCACUUUCCGUUCACUGGAAAUAGGCGAGAAGCAAAAGAGCGCCAACUCGUCAAAUUCUACGGAAGACUUGGUGACGUGGAAUGGAUGUUUGCCAGUAGAUGAACGGGUCAGAGCCGUGCUGGUUUUUGACGAUAGACACACGAACCUUAAGCCUUACUUGGAGCAGCUUAUCAAAAAAGAGCAAGGCAACGUGGCUGUGGUGGGGGGCAUGCCUUUUGACCACAUAGAGCAUCCGUCAGGAAGUAGUAUCCGCGGCAUGGCGGUGUGUGGUGAGAACGUGACGGCUGCAAGCGUGAUCAUCCCCUCUCCCACGGAUGGACAGGAUAUGACACGUCCUGCCAUGUCUAAGUUCCUGAAGUUCUAUGAUCCCUGCAAGACCAGUGUUGCCUUCUUCGUCACCAGCAUUAGACGACCUCCACUUCGAGAAAACGAGGAGGAUGAAAAUAAACCCUGACACUGAGCUGAAAAUUUUCAAGAGGAUGUACCCAACGACCUCUGUGUUUGGGGCCUUCGCGUGGUAUGAGAUUGGCUACGAGUUUCUGCCUCAUCCUCGCGGCAGCGUCGAAUGGCAACUGCAGCAAGAGAAGAACGAGGAAUUUGUGUCUAUGUCAACUCAACGAUGCGAUCAUUGCAAUCGAUGUAACAACGAUCCAAUCGAGCAUAGAGAAUCGAUUGCGAUUUUAUUUCUCCAGUUCUAGCGACUGCAAUUUUAUUUCUCCAGUCCUAGCGACUGCAAUUUUAUUUCUCCAGU